CCGACUGCUCGGAUUUGUGUCUUGUGGAGGCUGACUGUGGCCUUCUUAAAUACAUCAAGACUCCAGAGCUUUCUAUUUCAUAUCCCUCACAUCGAACGCUCAGAAUUUAGCAUGACGAAACGUGAACAAAGUUCUUGCACUCCAAACGGCAACCCUCACUCCCACAUCAGCCAAUGGGAGAACCGUGACUCCUUGCGUUCACUCACCGGCCUCGUCAACAGUAUGCCUGUCCUUAAUGCUCGGGUUCUAGAGGCAGAACGACUCCUUGACCGCGCUGCUACCAUUAUGACUGGGGUACUACCUGAUCUACGCGAAACGUGUUUGAUGCGCGAGCAUCUGGAGUUCUCUUAUUUGGAGAAAAUGAAGGUCAAGAAGGAACUGUGGGAUGGAACAGCGCGGCUGGAGAGGGAGCCGCGCAGGUAUAGGAUCAGAUGGUUGAAAGUCGAGAGGAAGAAGGCGCGCGUGGCGAAGUGGGAGCAGGCAAAUCAAUCUAAUAGAGACAAUGAUCUCUCGGACUCGGACUAUUCAAAAUACUCGACUAAAUCUGAUUCCGAGGGGACAUUAUGGUCCACAGAUGAAAGUGUGAAGCCCUCAAGUCGUAAGAGAUCGCGAAAUGAAGAGCCUGAGAGGACUCGGAGGAAGAGAGCGAAGAAAGAUACAACUUAAUCCGAAGUUUUUAUGCCUGACGUUGUAUCACAGAACAUCUCUCAUCUUACUACCCUAGUAAACAUUCCAUCGUAUUUAAAACCAGUGACAACGAGUGUUCAAGCAAGAGCUCCAGCUGACUGGGACCGCGACGUGUUCAAAUUUCAUCGUUUUAUUGGUCUGUAGGCA